AUGGGCUCGCCAACUUCCUGCAAAAUAUUUCCUGCCUGCCUGUCUGUCUACUCUCCUGCCACUCACGGAUGGCAUCAACAUGCAUUUUCUUCACUUGAUUAUGUUACUCACCAUCCUCACCGGCUGCACCAUCUUGAUUUACUGCAUCAUUCAACGCUUCUACAUCCUUAUGUGCAUCAACCAUUCCUUCACAUUCAUGCAGGGUUUGCAUUUGUUUAUUUUGAGGAUGAACGUGAUGCCGAAGAUGCUAUUCGUGGACUUGACAAUAUACCUUUUGGAUACGAUCACCGGCGACUAUCUGUUGAGUGGGCUAAGGGUGUACGUGGUCGGCAUCGUGAUGGUUCUAAGUCAACAACAAAUCAAAGGCCCACCAAAACCUUGUUUGUUAUCAACUUCGAUCCGAUUCGCACAAGGGAAAGGGAUAUAACAAAGCACUUUGAGCCAUAUGGGAAGGUUCUAAAUGUUCGCAUUAGGCGGAACUUUGCAUUUGUGCAAUUUGCUACGCAAGAGGAUGCUAGCAAAGCCCUUGAGGCCACACAAAGAAGCAAGUUACUGGACAGAGUCGUGUCUGUUGAAUAUGCUUUUAAGGGAUGAUGAUGAGAGGGAUGACAGAUAUGAUAGCCCUUGAAGAGGAGGCAAUGGUAGACAUGGGGAUAGUCCAUAUCGGAGGUCUCCAAGUCCUUCGUAUCGAAGGCGACCAAGUCCUGAUUAUGGUAGGGCUCAGAGUCCCGUUUAUGACCGCUAUAACGGUCCUGCUUAUGAGAGGCCCAAGAGUCCCGAGCAUGGGAGAUACCGCAGCCGAUCGCCUGCUCGAAGGUCCCGUACAUGAAUGGCUGUCAGAUUGGUGGAGAAAAAGUUGUUCCUCUCCGCCUAUAUCAUAGUUUGUGCUUUCCUUAGAAGAACGGGUAGUUGUUUUCUUUUUCCUUCCUGUUGAACUCUUCUUUAAGUUGGGAGAUUCUUAGGUAAAAAAUGCA